UCAAACAUAGAAAGGAAUUGGCCUUACUACUUUGGAUUUGGUUUACCCUUGGCUUUCCUCACAGCAAUGCAAUCCUCAUACAUUAUCAGUGGCUGCCUCUUCUCCAUCCUCUUUCCUUUAUUCAUUAUUAGUGCCAAUGAAGCAAAGACCCCUGGCAAAGCAUACCUUUUUCAGUUGCGCCUCUUCUCCUUGGUGGUCUUCUUAAGCAACAGACUUUUCCACAAGACGAUCUACCUGCAGUCUGCUCUGAGUA